CGCGGGGCAGUCGGGGGCGCGGGGUCCCCCCAGCUUUUCCUCCCAGGUGUAGGCGGCGGAGACCCCCGGCCGGAGCCACGAGGGCCGGAGAUGGCUCUCGGGGACGGGAAUGCCGUGCCGCGGGUCCCCGGCUCUCCGGGCCUCAGUUUCCCGGGGGCAGAGGGGGCUCGCCCGGCGCCGUGCGAAGAUGCCCGGCCGCGCGCGGUGGCGGGGACCGCGGGGCGCUGCGCUCUGCUCGGGCGCGCCGGCACCCGGAGCCUCUGCCCGGGGAACCCCGCCCCGAGACCCAAAGGGUCCUCCCUUCCCCUACACCCGGGCCCGGGACACCUAGAUCCUCCUCCGGGACUCUGGGAGUUGGGGAGUCGGGAUCUCCCCGGCCGCUGGUCGGGCUCAGAGACCACCGAGGGCCUCCUGCGCCUUGGAGGACCCCGCCCGCCUCUCCACCCCGCACCAGUGGCUCCCCUUCCCCGGAGGGAGCUCCCGCCGCCCGCCCACCUCGCCCCCUCCCCGGCCCUCCCCUGCGGGGCUUUUUUUCCUCUUACGGAUGGAUCGAGCGGUGCAGGUGGAACCGGCUGGGGCCGGGGCCGCGGGGCCGCGGUGGGGCAAACCCCCGCCGGACCUCCUCCUUCCGCAGGGGCUGGGGAGCUUUCGCUGGAACCCCCAGGGCCGGAGAACCGGACCUGAGGAUCCUGCGCCCCUCCCUUCUUGAGAGGGCGCACCUGAGGUGACCCGGUUUUCCACAACCCUCUUGCCUGGGAAAUCUUGGGGCCCCAUGGCGGGGAAAUGCAGCUCUAGGCGGCUUCACUCAGCUGGACCCGGACCCGCCGGUGGUGGGGGGCGGUGUGCAGCCCGCCCUCCAGUGUCCCGCACUGACCACGCUGCAGCCUCUCCGGGCUCUGCUUCCUGCAGCACCCUGGCCUCUGUCCCUGGACGUCAGCAACCUCCCUGCCUCCCAGCCCUCGCCUGCCACACUUUUCUGACCGGCCCUUUCCCCCAGCCCUUAGCCCCCAUUGAGUCUGCAGGGGAGACUCGGGCAGACUUCCUCACCACCCCGGGAGCAGAGGCUGGGCUCUCCAAUCCUGGGCCAUUACUCCCAUUUGGGGAAGAAGACAUCAGCGUUUAGAGAAGUUAAGUGAGAUGAUGAGCUAAGUAAACUGCAAGUGGCAGGGCCCAGAUUUGAACCCAGCAGCCCAGCGCCACAAUGCUCAGGUGUGAGCUCUGUGCAGUGUGGCCCCCCCCCUUGAAAGAGGCCAGGGUGGGAGAAGGAACAGGACCCUCUGACAGCACAGGGCCCCAGGGUCCACGUACCCAACUGGGGCUGGCUGGGGGUCCCAGGGGGGCUCACCCCUUACUUCUUUCCUCUGUACCACCACCCCCUCCCCAGGAAGAGAUCCCUCUACAGGAGCGUGUGCCUGGCCCUGGCCCUGCUGGUGGCCGUGACGGUGUUCCAGCGCAGUCUGACCCCCGAUCAGUUUCUGGAGGACCCCCUGCCACCCACCCAGGGGCCACAGAAGGACCAGAAGCCACA